UGUCGGCAAUUUUCGGCCAGUUAUUUUGAAUGGGUCAAUCGUCCGAGCAUUAAACAAUGUGGCCUCUGCAAAGUUCAGUUUUUAUUUUACUUUUAGGAGCCCUUCAAGUGCACAGUAUCAAACUGCGGCUGGAGCAGUUUUAUGCCAAAUCCUUUGUGCCGGAUGAUCUGUUCGUGGAUUAUGACGUUGUCAACUAUGAGAAGAUCAAUGUGAAUCUCACAGUUCAAGUUCCCUUUCCCGGCAAACUCCUCUUGCACAUUUUCGUAAGGAAGCUCCCAGAUCCAGUGGGUGGCUCAAACCAAGUCGAUCUGAUUCGCUUGACGAACAGAGAUCUCUGCAAGCUCCUCGAUUCACUUCGUAACAUCACAGUGGAGGGCAUUCCGGGCGAAAGCCUUUUGCCCUCGACUUUCGUAGUCUCAUGUCCUCUAGUUCCGGGCUUCUAUUUUGUGGAAAAUGGCGUUAUUGAUAGCAAACUGAUUCCCUUCCAAAUCCCUGAAGGCAGAUAUCUUGUACUCUUGGAGCUGAUACAAGUCUACGAGGAAGUUAUGAAGCUGUGCUCCUGCAGAAUCAAGUUUUCCAUUAAAAAACCACCUGGAUACACGGAAUCAACGCUGUUUAAAGACAGUGAGGAAAAUGAAACGACUGAGAAGCCAGUAGUGAAAAAUGAAGAAACUAGUACAGAGGUUACUCAGCCGAAAGAGGAUAACUCGGAAGUAUUAACUGAUUACGAAUAA